AUGGCUGCACUUCAUACUCAAAGGGAGAUGACUACUGACUUCGUGAAGUUAGAGAGGUUUGAUGGAGGAAAUUUCAUUCGAUGUCAGAGAAGGAUUCAUUUUCUUUUGGUGUCUCUGCAAGUUGCUUAUGUGCUGAACACUCCAAAACCUGAGGAAAUGGAGAAUGAAACCAUUGUUGAAACAAGGAAGCGGCACAAAUUUGAACAUGAUGAUGAAAUCUGCAGGGGACACAUGCUGAAUGCAAUGUCAGAUGCAUUAUUUGACAUUUAUCAAGAUAAUAGACCUGUUAUGGAACAACUUAAUGAAAUUGAAAGAACUCUGAAUCAUUUCAAAAUGCAUGAAAUGCAUAUAGAUGAAACCAUAAUUGUCUCUUCAAUAAUUGAUAAAUUACCCCCAACAUGGAGAGAUUUCAGAAGAAGUCUCAAACAUAAAAAGGAUGACAUAUCACUUGAUGAUUUGGCUAAAUCUUUGCGUGUGGAAGAAGAAUUUCAUUUGCAGGAUGAACCAAAGGAACCAUCCGUUCCACGAUUCCAAAAUCAUAUGGUGGAAGAAACUUCCAAGUAG